UCUGUGUCUCAGUCCUCGCGAUAAGGUUCUCUCUCUUUGUCCAUGGCCUCCGCCGCGCUCCUCCGCCCUCUCUCCUCGCUACCCACGCCCGCUCUUCGCUCUGCGACGCCAGGCUCGUCCUUAUCUUCCUCAUCCCUCCCCUCGUUCUUGGUGGCUCCGCGUUGGACCUAUAGUUCCGUUGCGAUCCACCGGAGCAGGGGAAUGGCGGCGGUAGUCGUUAGGGCCGCUAGCUCGGAGGAAGAAGAGGCGUUGGCUGACAUCGAUACGGAUGAUGUGGACGAGGAGGAAGUUUCCGAGGUGGUGGAAGCCGAUAAGAAGUUGUCCAGGAAACCUAGGGUCAAGCUUGGGGACAUAAUGGGGAUUCUGAGCAAGAGAGCAAUUGAGGCUUCGGUGUUGGAGAGGCCUGUGCCUGAUAUCAGGACUGGGGACAUAGUAGAGAUUAAACUGGAAGUUCCAGAGAAUCGGCGUCGCUUAUCCAUCUACAAGGGAAUAGUUAUUUCCAAGCAAAAUGCUGGUGUUCAUACUACCAUUCGCAUCAGGAGGAUUAUUGCCGGUGUUGGAGUCGAGAUUGUUUUUCCAGUGUACUCACCUAACAUUAAGGAGAUAAAAGUUGUAAGCCAUAGGAAGGUACGCAGGGCGAGGCUGUACUACUUGAGGGACAAGCUUCCUCGGCUCUCAACCUUCAAGUGACUAAUUGCCUUCAAAAUUGUAUUGCCAUCACUCAGCAAAUUCUCAUAUCUGCCUCUGGACCAGGUAAACAGUAUUAAUCCCGGACAAAAAUUACAUCUAUAUUAUAUUAUUUAUUUAUUCUGAUGUGGAACUAGAGUUUUUGUGACGUUAGAUGCUGCUGCAUCACUGGAUUGCAUAGGCUUUUUGGCACAAAUGGAUGAUGUGAGAAACUUGAGCUUGAUGAGACAUUGUUGUGAUGAACUCAUUUUUUCUAGCUCAGUUCAUGUUGUUAUUAAAAAAAUGUGGUGUUGAUUAUUAUUUUAAUCGAUGGUGAUUGAGAUAUUAUUGGUAUUUCUGGAAAAAUAGCAACAUUUGUAAGAAUGUAUAAUAUCAAAGCUUUUUUAGAUUUAUAUGUUGAUGUAUAAUA